AUUAUGGAAUUAAGUAAUUUUACAACAUCGAAAAAAAUGUCACGCGAAGAGCGUCGAUAUUCGGUUCCGCAUGGACCGAACACACCAUUGCCACCUGCUGCUUCAGAGGACUUACAUGCGUGGUCAAUAUACAGACAAAAUUUGAACUCAGACUUUACUGACUCAGCAUUGGGUUCAUCAGACAAAUCACCGCUGCCAUAUGGAAAUUUCCAAUUACGCGAUACAACAGUGCAAUCAAUAUUAAAUCACCCACGUUAUGGGCCAAAAUCACCGUUGGGGUCUAAUAUGUAUACAUAUUUAAAAUUUGGCCUGCCACGUGUUUUUCCGCCAAAUGCAGGUUCACAGCGUUCACAUCGUGCAGGUCCAGGACCAGGUAAUGCGCGUGGACGUAUAAAUCGUGGUUUUCGUGAUAGUUCAGGUGGUCCAGCAGCAGGUUCCUCUGGUUAUGACAGCAGUGACAACGAAACAACACGCAGUCGUGUGCCUCCCAAUUUAAGAAAAUAUCGCAGCGAAUCUGAUUUUCGUAACAUUGGUGGCAUGCCAAGUUCACGACCUGACUCUCGAGCACAAGGUGUACCGAUUGCUGCUUUAAGACAAGCAAAUAGUCGUGCUAGCAUAGCAGUGGGCACACAUGCCAAUAAUCAUCACUACAUACCUAACGGCAAACACUAUGGCCAUCGUUCACACAGCGAAGCGGAUUUACUUUCCGGUGGCAAUGAUGGUAUUAGCUAUGAUUAUGGUGAAUCACGAAUUUAUGGUACACGUCAUCGUACUUCAGAUCAUCCGAAUGGUGGACAUCAUUCGAAUUACGGUAUAACGACUAGAAAACAGUCCAGCAUAGGUUUAGUCUAUCCCAAUAUACAAGUUCAUUGUUUGGAUGUCAAUCCAUGUUUGCGUGGCGUUUCGCUACAGGCAAAAGCAGGCGAUUUGUUUGCUAUUAUGGCAACAUCACAACGUGAAGGCACUGCACUUACAGAAUGUUUGGCAGGUCUACGAGAACGCAUGGGUGGUGAAAUACUUAUAAAUGGUCAACAAAUUAAUAAGCGUGGUCUUCGAGAAUUAUGCAGUUAUGUACCGGCUUUAAAUGUAUCUUCAUUAGAUCCCCGUAUGAGCGUACAGUGUACUCUUAACUUUCAUUGUGCUCUAAGAGGUCCUUUAAAUCGUAAUGAUUUGGAAGAAAGGAUGGAUGUUCUUAUUGAAGACUUAGGUCUUACUACAGUACGUGCAUCAAAUGUUUCCUCUCUAACGCAUUCUGAGAAGCAACGUUUAAGUGUGGCUUGUCAGUUAUUAGCACAGUCAUCGAUCCUAAUACUAGAUCAAGUUACUAGUAAUAUGGACAUUUUUGAUACAUUUUUCUUAGUGGAAUACUUACGGCAAUGGUGCAAUGGUGGACGUAUUGUUAUAAUGACAUUACAACCACCAACAUUUGAAAUACUUUCUAUGUGCUCGGGUGUAUUAUUGCUGUCUGGCGGAAGAACAGUUUUUUCGGGUAGUCGAUCGGAUUUGCCAAGACAUAUGGGCGAAUUAGGAUAUCCUUGCCCACCAUUCAAAAACCCGGCUGAUUAUUAUUUGGAUCUAGUAACAUUAGAUGACUUAUCCGCUGCUGCCAUGCUGGAGUCAUCAGCUCGAAUAGAAACACUCGCAAACAAUUGGGAUCAAAUAAAUUCAGAACCACCUCUAGCAGCUCCACCAGCAUCUUUAACAAAUUUCACCAGAAAAGCUGGUGUACUAGGCCAAACUAAAGCACUUAUCAAACGAUUCACAUCAUAUAAACAACCGGGCUCAUUAUUAACAUGGAUAAGUAAACUAAUAGCAGCAGCGCUAUUAUCGCUUUGUAUUGGUUGCAUAUUUUGGGAUGUACCAGCUUCAGAUCCACAACUAACCUAUAACGAUCGCCUUGGUUAUCAUCACUGUGUCAUAGCUUUGGCUUAUUGGCCAUUAGUCAUGCUAACAAUACGCGUAGCACAAGAGGAUCGUAAACAUGCAGAACGAGAUAUACGAUUGGGAUUAUACUCGAGAACUCUUUAUAUAAUAGUACAGAGUAUUCUGGGACUUUUCCCAAGCUUAUGCAUUUGGUUGGCUUAUUUACUGCCAGCACACAGUAUGGCAGGUCUUUACACUUAUUCAAAGACUAGUGAUACAGGCAUAUAUCUAUAUAUGGGUUACAUGUUGCUAUUUCUAACAUUAAUACAAACACUUGCACUCUUCUGUGCACACUUGAUGCCCACCAAAACGUCAGCUAUAGUGUUCAAUGCUCUAAUCACGCUGGGACUAACAGCUGUCGGUGGCUAUUCAGUGCAUCCCCGUAAUCUUUCAAAACUAUGGUCUUGGUCACAACUUAUAUCACCAGAGAAAUGGUUACUACCUGUGUUGGUACAAGAUGAGUACAGCUAUGAUACUCUAUCGAAUUCUGGAAAUUUGCAGCUUUGUCGCAAUAAACAAGUACAACAUCAAGAGAUUAUCGUGCAGCAGACAUGCCCACCACCUGACGGUGCAGCAGUUCUAACAGAUUUUCUGUUAUUACCAAAUCAACACAUUUUAGAUCCAACACCCACAUAUGAUCAGACAACGACAUUGGCUUUAGUACUAGGUUCGGUUAUACUCUUUGUGGCAACUUUCUUGGUUUUCGUGUGCAAUUGUAGCAGAACAUUUCGAAAGAAACAGAAACGCAUUUAAAGCAUUUAAAUUCAUUUAUGGAUAGUUAG